AUGGGUAUUUCAAAGAUUGAAGUAGAAAGCACAAAUAAGAAUAAUAAAUUAGAGUUACUAAUGAAUGAAUUUGAGGAAUUAUUUGAGGAAAAAGUUGGUAAAUAUAAAUAUGAAAAAGUGACGUUGAAAGUUAAAGAAGGAUGUACACCUGUAUUUUGUAAACCAAGACCAAUACCUUUUGCUUUUAAAAAAAAAGUUGAGGAGGAGUUGGAUAGAUUAGAAAAGGAGGAUAUAAUACAGAAAGUUGAGACUAGUGAAUGGGGCACUCCACUUGUACCUGUGAUUAAACCAGAUGGAUCUAUUAGAUUAUGUGCAGAUUAUAAGACUACGGUCAAUAAAUAUUUAGUAGAUAUUAAUCAUCCAUUACCUAGAGUAGAAGAUGUUUUUGUGGCGUUACAAGGAGGUAAAACAUUUUCUAAAUUAGAUUUUUUGAAUGCUUAUAACCAGUUAGAGUUAUGUGAAAAUACACAAAAACUAUUAGCUUGGAGUACAAGUAAAGGUAUUUAUAUAGUAAAAAGAUUACCUUUCGGUACCAAACCAGCUUGUUCAAAGUUUCAGAGUGUUAUUGAAAAAGUGCUGUUAGGAACAAAGGGUGUUAAAAACUUUUUAGAUGACAUUAUUGUAACUGGUAGUAGUGAACAGGAACACUUAGAUAAUCUCAAGGAGGUGUUUAAAAGGUUACAAAAGGCUGGGUUUAGGUUAAAUAAAAAAAAAUUUAGUUUUUUUCAACCAAAAAUAAAUUACCUAGGACAUGUAAUUGGAUCAGAAGGUAUUGAAAGAGAUGAAAAUAAAGUUAAAGCUAUGCUUAAUGCAAUAGAGCCUAAGAGUGUCACAGAAGUAAAAGCCUUUACAGGGAUGGUGAACUACUAUGCUAAGUUUAUACCACAUUUAUCAACCUUAAUAGGUCCUAUUUACAAUUUGUUAAAAAAAGAGGUAAAAUUUGUUUGGAAAAAGGAAUGUAGAGAGGCAUUUAAUAAGACAAAGCAAGCAAUGGCAUCAGAAUCAUUAUUGGUUCAUUACAAUCCUGAUUUGGAUGUUGUAUUGUCUUGCGAUGCGUCGGAGUAUGGUAUAGGAGCAGUGUUAAUGCAUAUUUUUGAAAAUGGAGAAAUCGACCAGUGGGGUAUGCAUCAAGAAUCCUAA